AUGUUACAGAGGAGCUCUAGGGGCUCAGUGAGAUUCGCAAGAAAACGCUACGAACCAUAUCACGAGUCCCAGGAGGCAGUCCACUAUAGUACUGACUACCUGGAGGGUAAAGCUCCGGAAACCGAACACUUCAGCGAAGUGGAAAGCCACCACGGAGGAGAGGCAUAUCUAUCGGACCACGACAGUGGCGUACCAGACGACGUUCCCCACGAGGGACAGGUUCUGGGUCACCACGUGCACGAGGACGUGCACAAAAUGGUGACCAUAGUGAAGAAAGUAGCGGUACCUUAUCCAGUCAUCAAGAACAUUCCCUAUCCUGUCGUGAAAAAUAUUCCGUACCCGGUUAAAGUACCGGUACCACAACCUUACCCGGUGGAGAAGAAAGUACCGUACCCGGUGAAGGUUUUCGUGAAGGUGCCCUUGAAAAUUCCGAAACCGGUUGCGGUGAUCAAAGAAGUACCGUACCCGGUCCAGGUUCCCGUGGAUCGUCCGGUACCGGUCAAGAUUUACGUACCGGACCCGUAUCCGGUCGAGAAAAAGGUUCACUACGAGGUAAAGGUUCCAGUGCCUGAACCGUUCCCUAUCGAGCGUAGGAUACCGGUACCCGUUAAAGUACCCGUGCACGUAUCUCAACCGUACCCGGUCGAGAAGUUGGUCCAUUACCCUGUUAAAAUCGAAGUGGAACGACCGAUACCCGUACCAGUACCUAAACCGUACCCGGUACCGGUAUCAAAACCUGUACCGUACCCGGUCGAGAAUCCUGUACCCGUGCCCGUGAAGGUUGAAGUACCUCGGCCGGUACCUGUACCGGUAGACAAACCGGUUCCCGUCAAGGUAAAGGUCCCUGUACCCGCUCCCUAUCCCGUGGAGAAAGAAGUACCGUACCCUGUCGAGAGACCUGUACCCGUACCGGUGAAGAUACCGAUUGACAGACCGAUACCCGUCCACGUGGCCAGACCGGUCGCCUACCCUGUCGAGAAGCCUGUCCCUUACCCUAUCAAAGUAUCCGUCCCGCUGCAGACUCACGACGAACCGAUCGAGCCUGGAACGUACGAGCAUCAUGAUUGGGCGCAAUGA